CCAUUCGUUCCAGUUGUUUAAGUUGAGCUAAAGUCCUCAGUUUACUACACUAAUAUGGCUAUCCCAAGAGCAUUCGCUUUCUUCUCUCUGGCCCUGCUACUUGUUGCUUCUCCUCUUUGCUGCAUGGCAAACUUCAUACUUUACUCUGGGGAAUCCCUCAGGUCCGGGGAAGCCUUGUCCUAUGCGAGCUACACUUUCAUUAUGCAGUCUGACUGCAACCUGGUCGAGUAUGAUAAUGGCAACCCAAUCUGGGCUUCCGGCACUAACGGCCGAGGCAGCAGCUGCUACGUCACUCUGCAGAGUGAUGGUAACCUUGUCAUUUACGACAAAAAAAACAAAGCUGUGUGGGCAAGCAACACCAGCGUGGGACAAGGCAACUACGUCCUCAUCCUCCAGAAAGAUCGCAACGUCGUCAUCUAUGGCGGUGCACUUUGGGCAACCAACACUAACACUGUCGGCGUCUCUGGUGGUAUGUUCAUCCAAAGUAAGGCCACCAUCUUUGGUUCUUUGCCUGCUAACGAAACUAUUGCAGAAGCCAAGGCUGCACGCAUUUCCAUGGUCGUCAACAAGUGAUGCUGAAGCUCAGUGAACAAUAUAAUAAGCUCAUGCAUCCAUUUUGAUAUCUAUCCUUCAUGCAUGCAUGUGCUAGUUGAGUUAUAAUAAGUUGCUUCGGCCUUGUAUUGCAUAUGUAGCCCGUGUGUGUCAAGUUUUCACUGUUGCUGUCGGUAACGAGAAAUAUCUAGUUUGUGCCAUGCAAACAUCGAUCAUGUGGUGAUAAUGUGAUGCAUCCUAUGCCUUCCAGCUUCUUCUUGAAUAUGCUU